AGCUUCCAAUACUUGAAGCCUUAAUUAACAUAAGAAAUCGUCUACAUGCUUUAAAGCAAGAUCGGCAGAAUUACAUAAAAGUGCAGGCUGUCACGGAGAUUUAUGACGAGGUCACGGAACAAGUUACAAAGAUAAAUGACAUUCGUGAAAAAGCUACAGAACCUCCAUCGAAGGACAAUCGCGUAAACGAUGUUCUUGACGACGUUUUCCAGCUACUUUCUUUAUUCUUUAUCACGAUUGGAAAAAGCAAGGAGAGUCCGGCGACUUAUGCACAACUUGCCACGAUCAAGCAAUGUUUAGAACAUCUUAAUGAAUCCGGUGUUUAUACGCAAGCUGAAGUAUCAGCAUAUCAAAAUCGUUUAAGUGAAAUUAGAAAAAUUAUAUAUGCUGAACAAAAUGAGGGUAUACCAGAACCUCAAAUGAAAUUACUGAAGCAUAAACUUGUUUCGUGCGAAAUGGUGUUGAAUCAACUACUUGAAUCUGAGUCAAAUAUGGGUGAAGAACUUGUACCCAUUCGUCAAUCCCUUGUAGAGAUCAAGAGAAAUCUCGGCGCUAUAGGGGCCAAAGGCGAAGCUAAGAUUUCUGAUAUCAUCCCAUAUCAAAAUAAGCUAAGAGCUAUUGAUUCUAAGCGUGUGGAUGGCAAGUUUUUGUCGUCUGAUGGAAGUAUUCCUCCAGGGCAGGCACAGGUUAUUGGGCUGUUAGAGGAAUGCUAUGAAGAUGCACACGAAUUAAUUGCUAGCCAAAAUAAUGUAGCAGAGUUCUUAAGACCUUUUUAUGAUCGUUUAAUCGAUUUAAAAUCACAACUUGAACGUCUGGUGCUUACACAUCGGUGGUCGUUGCGCGAAACUGAUUUAUGGUCUUAUCAGUUGCAACUAGCAAAGAUUGAUAGUAUGAGAAAGGAUGGUAAAUUCUAUGAUGAUGAAGGGAAUAUUCCAGAAGGACAGGCGACUUUGCUCUAUUUGUUGCACAAAUGUUAUCGACUGGUGUAUAAGUUAUUAAGUUCCAGUGAACCUAUUGCUGAACCUCUUAUACCGAUUCAUAAUCAACUUCGAACUGUGAGAAAGCUUUUACUUGAGGUCAAAAAAUUAGGUGGCCCAUUUACAACUAGAGAACUAUAUCAUUAUCAGAUGAAACUUGCAUCUAUUGAUAAUCUUCGUAAAGAUGGUAAGUUUCUGGAUACAGAUGGAUCAGUGCCAGAAGGGCAAGGUAUCGUUAUGGCUUUGUUGAAUGAAUGUUAUGACAUUUUAUUUGAGAUGAAGACUGAUAUGGAGGAGGAGGAGGAACACGUUUAA